UUUCAGAUUAGGUCAAAUCCUGUGUUAUUUGACAUAUUUCCAUAGCCUUCCAGCAGAGAAUCUACCUCACAGUUUCUAUCAGAUUUUUUAUGAAUGGUAUUGGUUGAAGGCUAAUUUAGUGAGAUUACCUUGGCCUGCAUAGUGCCUUAUUUCAAGAAAGUGACCAUGAGCAGAAGAUCCACUGUUUGCUCCUUCUUUAUGAGAGGAGCUUGCAAAUUUGGAGAGAAUUGUCGAUAUGAACACCCCGGAUACUAUGACUAUCCUGUGGGCGGACCGUCUCACCAAUACAGGAGACCAUAUGGGUAUGAUGAACCACCAGAGUAUAAUUAUGGUUGGAGUGGUCAAGAUGCUUGCCAUGGUGGUGGGUUGGAGAGUGAUUGGUCUUGGCAGCAGGGAAGUCAGGGUUACUCAUAUGACCAGAGCCAAAACCGUCAGUUUUCUGGAGGACAAUAUGGAGAUGAGUCACAGGGAUCCAGGAAGCAGAGAAAGCAACCUUCAAAGGAAGCUGCUAUGACCAUGGAAGACCCUAAGAACAAAAAUGAAAUCUUGGAAGCUUUGAAGAAAGAGAUGAUGACAUGGGGAAACAGCAACAUGUGGCGUCUUUCAUGCUUUGCUCCUGUUCGGGCAGCACCAAAUGUUCCUGGCUUCAUUGAAAUCAGUCCUGAAGAAAUUCAAUACAUGAAGUUACAAUCUGAAGCUCAAGGAAAAUCGGAGGAAUAUGGACAUGACAUCAAGGGCAUGGUUCAUGGAAAUGAUUCAGUGAGGCAACAAAUCUGUAGUCCAACAAGUCAACAAGCAGAAGCUCUUGUGGUUCUGGUAUUGAGGAACAAUUCCAUUCCAGAAUCUCUGUUUCACAACCACUCAGCAAACCUGGUUCAGAAAUGGUUUCAGUCAUGUGGGGACAAAGUAGUGGCACCAGUGACACUAUCAUUCAAGCUGCCUUCUGCAACUGGUGGGGCAUUCCAGCAGAUGGAGAGUGAGGAACAAACAAAUACCAACACAGCCCCCCCCACAAACAAGACUUUUGGAGUUCAACUGCAGUUUAAACUCCCUGCAUCAGGAACAAUCCCCCUUACCACAGGACAGGAUUCUGUCAAGAUCCAAGAGACCCUCACACCUGUGUCAAAGGCUUCAAGUGUUUAUUCUCGACAUGAAGAUCUCACUGAAAAAGAACUGAGCGAAUUCAUGGCUCCCAGGUUCACUCUGGGGAGCAUCCCAACACGCCCACCCCCUCAAGAACUCAUUUGAACUUCCUCUCUUGCUCUUAUAUGCCUUUGAUAUCCUGUGUUGCAGUUUCACUUCACUUCUCUCUUAUUUAUG